AUGAAGCCUUUCUCUCUUUCCCUCAACAAGUCCAAGUCAGCUUCUACACCUACCCUUAAGAAGCCUGUUACAUUCGGCUCACUAGAUGACGACGAACCCAUCGAUGUUGCACCAACCUCAUCUGCUGCAGACCAGAACGUAUCAGCGAAUAAAAGGUUUCUUGCUCAGAAUGCUGCUCUCAACACAAAGGCCAUGCAGAAGCGGAUGGAGAAAGAACUCAAGGUGGACGAAACUGUGUAUGACUACGAUGCAGUAAGGAUGUUGAAGCAAAGGAACGGAAGGUAG